AUGAAGUCGGCGGCGAGCUCGCGCGGGGGCGGCGGCUGGGGCGCCGGGCGAGGUGGCGGCGCCGGCGGGGCCAAGGGCGGAGGCGGCGACGGCGGCGGCCCAGCGGGCAAGGCCGGCUUCGGGGCGCGGGCGCGCGGCUUCGGCGCGGGCGGCCGGGGCCGGGGGCGCGGCGGCGGCGGCGGCGGCGGCGGGGACGGCAGGGACCGCGGCGGGGGCGGCGGGGGCGGUGGCGCGCGGCGGGGCGGCGCGGCCAAGAGCAAGAGCCGGCGCAGGAAGGGCGUGAUCGCCGUGUCGGUGGAGCCGCACCGGCACGAGGGCGUCUUCAUCUACCGCGGGGCCGAGGACGCCCUGGUCACGCUGAACAUGGUGCCCGGCCUCUCGGUGUACGGCGAGAGGCGCGUCACGGUGACCGAGGGCGGCGUGAAGCAGGAGUACCGCACGUGGAACCCGUUCAGGUCCAAGCUGGCCGCCGCCAUCCUGGGCGGGGUCGACCAGAUCCACAUCAAGCCCAAGUCCAAGGUGCUGUACCUGGGCGCCGCCUCGGGCACCACGGUCUCCCACGUCUCCGACAUCAUCGGCCCCGACGGGCUGGUCUACGCGGUCGAGUUCUCCCACCGCGCUGGCCGCGAUCUGGUCAACGUGGCCAAGAAGCGAACCAACAUCAUCCCGGUCCUGGAAGACGCCCGGCACCCGCUCAAGUACCGCAUGCUCAUCGGGAUGGUGGACGUGAUCUUCGCCGACGUGGCCCAGCCGGACCAGUCCCGCAUCGUGGCUCUGAACGCCCACACCUUCCUGCGCAACGGGGGCCACUUUCUCAUCUCCAUCAAGGCCAACUGCAUCGACUCCACCGCCUCCGCCGAGGCCGUGUUUGCUUCGGAGGUGAGGAAGUUGCAGCAGGAGAACUUGAAGCCUCAAGAGCAGCUGACCCUGGAGCCCUAUGAGAGAGACCACGCUGUGGUCGUCGGAGUCUACCGGCCUCUUCCCAAGAGCAGCAGCAAGUAGCGCCCCGCUCAGCUCCCCUGGCGGAUCUCCCCAAGACUGUGUUGUGUUGGGUAUUGUUAUGGGUGUGUUUUCUCUGUAUUUUGUUUUGUCGUUUUUCUAUUAAAUGGCAUAAAGAAAC